AUGGCCACUGCUAGCGAUGCCGACGACGCCACGUGCGCGAUCUGCCUGCAAGUGUUGCUGGACGGCGCGGAGGUUCGGACGCUCGGCUGCCUUCGCAAAUACCGCGCUUACUGCGUGGACAUGCACCUCGACGUCCACAACAUGCAGUUCGACGAUUUCCCCUGCCCGCAAUGUCGAACGACGGAGCGGGCCCUGGGGAGGGCGGAGGCGGCGCUGACAGGCAGCCCGCCCGACGCCGCCGACGACGCCGACGAGGUCGACGCCAUCAUCACCGACAUGACGCCGCCCAGCAGCCCGCAGUUGCGGCGCGUGCCGCGGCCGCCCCAGGAGAAGCAGGUUGCGCCCGCGGUGGACGGGGCGGGCCCGGCGCCCGAGGACGCGCCGCCGCUUGAUGGCGACGCCGCCGCCGAGGAGCCCCCGCCUGGGGCGCCUCUCCCAGAGUUGCCGCCGCAGCCGCCCGCCCAGAUGCGCCCAGAGCCGACGAUGAUCACGCGCCCCACGUUCAUGCAUGACGUUCGGUUGCGACGCGGGUGGUGCAACGAAGAGGUAACUGCAGACAGGACUCGGUUGAGGGGCAAGUCGCAGCAGAAGUACAAGUGCGACCGUUGCAAUGUCCACAUCACGCAGCUUAGCCGCGAGUUCGGCGAGUUCCCGAGCAGCGACUUCAAGCGCCUGGGCGAGGAGACGCAGCAGGCCUUCUUCAAGGACGCGCGCGACGUCUCCAGCGGGAAGGUGGUGGUCGCCAAAGUCAAGGAGCUCAUGCGGAGCUACGAAAAUCACGAGGACUACUACGCCGAGGGAGGGGAGUUCCUCCCCCCAGGCGCGUGGAGCACGCGCGGCUUCGAUGCCGCGCUCAUCGAGGCCAACAGCCUGGAGAAGGACAAGAGGCAGUGCAGGGUCUUGGGCGCAACGUACCGCGUCCCGAUCCUGUCUGGAGGCCAUCGUGGAGCCAGGGGCACCGAGCGGAGCCUGAUGAAGGGGCCUUCGGGCGACGACGACUCGGACUCCAGCUCGGACUCGAGCAGCAGCUCGGACGACAAGAAGAACAAGAAAAAGAAGAAGGCGAAGAAGGCGAAGAAGCAGAAAAAGAAGGCAGCGAAGAAGGAACGGGUGAGGAAGGAGAAGGAUCGCAAGAAGGCGCUGGAGGAGAAGGAGAGGGCCAAGCAGGAGAGGAAGGCCGCCGUCGAGAGCCGCAAGGUGGCGGCGGCGAAUGGCAAGUUGGCCGACAGCAUCGAGAAAAAGGUGACGGAGACGUUGACGGCCAUCAACAGGGUGGUGGGCCAUCGCUUGUUCCCUGAGUUCCGCCAGAGCAUCAAGGAUGACAUGAACGCGUUCCAGGCCAAGCUGCAGUGCAUGUCGCAGGACAUCGAGAAGGUCCAGAACGGCGUCGGCAGCUCCAUCCGCUACGUGAGCACGACCGCCGAGGCCAAGGCAUCCCUGACCGACGUGGGCCGCAAGCUUCGCACGGCCCAGACCUUGUCGGAUCUGAACGACCGCUUCGGCGCGGCGUGA